CCGAUAUCUUAAUACUUGCUCGGUCAUGCAAGUGAAAAAAUAACAAACACAUUUUUUAUCUGUAUUCCCUAUAUCAACGGAAAGGUUAGAUGUAUUUGUUCUAAAAAAAAAUAAAAAAAAAUUUCUUAUGUACACGUGCCGAAAACGAUAACAAAUGUAGUACGAUAUUGUAUAAAAUCAGAAAUAUAUCUACAGUGAACUACUUAGAACUAUUUUGUUUUUAUUAUUACGUAAUAUAAUCGAAAAAUACAAGUUUUUGUAAAAUAAUAAUUACAUUGUAUAAAAUGAACCUCGCAAUGAAAAUCGUCCAUCAAGUUAUAAAUCAAAAACGACUUUUUGGACGCAUACGGUUCCCCCCAUAUAAAACGUAUGUAACAAAUUCGAAACUCGUUGAAGUAACGCACGAUGAAAGCACAGGUAUUAGUAUACUAUCGAUGGCACGUCCUCCUGUAAACAGUUUAAAUAAAGAACUACUGAGUGCCUUGAACACAUCCUUAAUGGAUGUUAAAAAAAAACACUGUAAAGGUGUUAUAUUAACAUCUUCGGUACCAAAUAUAUUCUCCGCGGGAAUGGAUAUAAUGGAGAUGUAUAAUCGAACCGAAGAACAACUGAUCGAGUUUUGGCAGAUGUUGCAGGACACGUGGUUGACUUUAUAUGGCUUGGAAAUACCAAUAACUGCUGCUAUUAAUGGCGUCUGUCCUGCUGGAGGUUGCUUAUUAGCAAUUUCUUGCGAAUAUAGAGUUUUCAUGGAAGGAAAUUAUUCUAUCGGAUUAAAUGAAACAAAGCUAGGGAUUGUAGCUCCAGCAUGGUUUAAAAAAGUUUUUGCCAAUACAAUAGGAUAUCGAAAAGCUGAAUUAGCACUCUUACAAGGAUCUAUGUUUCAUCCGGAAAAAGCAUUGGAAAUUGGACUUGUAGAUGAAUUGGCUGCUAGUAAAACAGAUAUGAUCAAAAAGUGUGAAGGGUAUAUAAAAAGUUACAAAAAUAUACCUGCUUUAGGUCGAAGUACAACAAAACUGGGAUUACGCAGUAAUCAUUUGGAUUGGUUAAGAAAAAAUAAAGAAGCUGAUAUUAAUGAAUUUUUGACAGUUAUUCAGGCACCAUCGGUACAAGUAGGCCUUAAAUUAUACUUAGAAUCUUUAAAAAAGAAGUGA